GCAUCCCUUGGGUUCAGAAGUCAGCUGACAGAAAAAAAAACGUCACGGGUCACGAGUUACUGAGUCACUGGCUCUUUCAGUAGUUUCAUUUGUUCACAGGGACAGUGGGGUGCGUUCAGGAUCUGUCCAGUUUAUCAUGGUCUGAUUCUUUUCAUUGGAAUUUGGUCCAGUCCAUGCAAACAUGAACAAAAACAAGUCUUCACCACGAGCUGGAGAAACAGCAACUGCCACAUCCCAGAAACCUAUCUUACCUAAGGCUCGAUACCAUCCUUCCAUCAAGUGCAACAAGCCUGGAGAUGCAGUGCUGCCCCAAACCUCUAACACUCUGGAAACUGGUCCAAAAAGAAGAAGCAAAGCCAGAGAAGUCCCCCCACUACAGCCUGGGAGCCAAUGUGGAGACACAAGCCGACAGGUGGACAAGGGUCCAGUGUCAAGAGUACAAACUAAGACCUCUCCAAAACCACCUCAGAAAUCAGUCAGAAAGGAAACUUCAGAUUCAGAGCUGAAUUCUAACAAAGGUCCACCUAGUCCAGAACAGGUUCCCCUAGGUGUAGAUAUAGUGUUGGACAGACAUGUUAUAGAGCAGGUGGAGGUUCUAACCCGCGGACAGAGGGAAAACCAGGACUGGUUCUCCUGGAGGAAGAACCGGAUUACUGCCUCAUUAGCUCAUCAGAUUGCUCACUGCCGCUUGGUAAAUGGAAAGAGUACAACUCCACCAUCCAGCUACUUGGCUGCAAUCACAGGUGAUAGACGACAUGUCCAGACCCGUGCCAUGAGUUGGGGGAUUAACAUGGAGUCUAAAGUUAUCCACAAAUACCAGAAACUGAAAACCCUGGCACUGGGUCGUCCCGUCAUGGUUCGGGACUGUGGUUUGUUCAUUGAUGCUCAGCGACCCUGGUUAGCGGCCAGUCCUGAUGGCAUUCUGGUGGACAGUCGGACUGGUGAGUGGCUGCUGGGCCUGGAAGUGAAAUGUCCCUAUAAACACAGACACAGCUCAGUGGAAGAAGCCUGCAGGAGUGACCGGGCCUUCUGUCUAGAAAUUGUGGAAGGAGACGAUCAGAAUCCAAGAGAGAUUCCGGUCUACCGUCUGAAGACAUCUCACCAGUACUUCACACAGAUCCAGUGUCAGUUGGCCGUGACAGGCCUGCACUCUGCAGACCUGGUGGUUUACACCACUAAGGAAACUGCUAUCGUCCCUGUGACCUUUGACCCUGACUUGUGGGAGGAGACAGUGUCCAAACUCGAAAUGUUUUACAGAAGCGCUGUUCUGCCAAAACUCAGAGAGAAGGCAGCUGCCUGGACACCUGAGCAGUAGAGAAGCUGUGACUUCACAGACAGGUCAGGUGUCUUCUACGUAAGUGCCUUGGAUGAGAUGACCUAGAUGACUGAGAACCUACAUAAACAUGUAAUAAGUAACCUAAUAAUUGUGAGGUUUAAACUGAAGAAAAAAGUGUGAUUAGGGAAAUAUCAAAGUUAAUUAAGCUUUGAAAACAUUGUAAAGAACUUCAGAGAACAUCAAGAUGUUACAGUGAAGAUUGAUCUUCACUUCUUUGUCAUUAAAUCAUCUCAUCUUUCA